AUGAUCCGGCACCAGAACGGCCUCGAGUUCUACGCGCCCGCCGACCGCGGCUGCGCCAUGUGCCGCAACGGGGAGAACUGCUCCCUCGCCGUGCACAACCAGUCGUCGGGCGUGUUCUGCGGCGACGUGCUGUCCACGUUCCAGCCGUGCUGCUGCGCCUUCCGCAACGAGUGCAUGACCACCAUCUUCUCGGGCUCGUGCGAGUGCUUCGACGGCGCGCGGGAGGAGGAGAUCAUGACCACGCGCUUCUACCUCUUCGUGGGGCUCUCGCUCAUCGCCUGGGCGCUGCUGGCCUACGACAAGAUGUGCGCCGGCCCGUACAAGGUCAUGAACAGCAACCACCAGCUCCUGGCCAGCACGCCGUCGGCGGCGCGCGCCAGGGGAGAGGACAGUGUCGUGGAUACCGUGGACAGCGACUCGGACGAAGAGGAGAGCGCAAGGGACCAGAACGCCGCUACUGCUGCUGCUGCUGCAGUUGCUACUACUGCUGUGGCUGUUGAGGUUGCUGAAGAAGCUGAUGCGGAUGAUGACACGACGCCGCUGCGAGCUCAGGCCUCGUCUCCAACGGAAGAUGCGACUGCGAGCGAUGAUGUUGAGGCAGGCGCCCAGUCGGCGGAGGAGGUGCAGACAGACACUACAAGGCAAGGCCAGGAUGGCGCUUCGAUUCAAACCGUCUAG